AGCUGGCAUGCGCGGCCGGGCGGGGCGGGGCGGCGGGCAGGUUGGUUGCUGUUGUUACAUAGGAAACAGCUGAAGAGUCUCCACAUGACAGGGGGGGAAGGAGGAAGUGGGGCGAUCCGCGGGGCGCUGCUGCUGCUCCGGUAGCCGCGGGGUUCGGGCAGCCGCAGCCGGCGGGGACAGUCCUUCCCGCAGCGGGCGGGCUGGCCGCCCUUGAGCGCGGGCUUGCGUCCCGGUGCCGCCGCGGCGAGGAGGCGGGCAGGGAGCAGGGGAGCGCCCCGCCGGGCCGCGGCGUCUCGCUGGGGAAGUUUGGUGCGUGGCGGGAUCCCGCCGCCCUCCCCCGGGCUCCCCGCCACCCGCGGAGGUGGUGCCGGGCAUGAACGGCUUCGCCCCCGAGGAGGUGACCCAGCGCGGGGCGGACCCGGCCGCCGCCACCGCCGCGGUGGUGAGCAAUGCGGGCUCCGCCGUGGAGGUGCCGCCGCCGCCAGCGCCGCCAGGGCUGGCUCUGGCCUCCGCCGCUGGCUCGGUGGCUGCCGGGGGUGCGGGCGGCCCCGGGGCUGGGCAGCUGUGCUGCCUGCGGGAGGAGGGGGAGCGGUGCGGCCGCGCCGCCGGCAACGCCAGCUUCAGCAAGCGCAUCCAGAAGAGCAUCUCGCAGAAGAAGGUGAAGAUCGAGCUGGACAAGAGCGCAAGACAUCUAUAUAUUUGUGACUUCCACAAAAACCUAAUUCAGAGUGUGAGAAAUAGAAGAAAGAGGAAAGGCAGCGAUGAUGAUGGUGACUCACCAGUGCAAGACAUCGACACUCCAGAGGUUGAUUUGUAUCAGUUACAAGUAAACACACUUCGAAGGUACAAAAGACACUUCAAGCUACAAACCAGACCAGGACUUAACAAAGCACAACUUGUUGAAAUAAUUGGCUGCCAUUUUAGGACAAUUCCAGUGAAUGAGAAGGACACCUUAACAUAUUUCAUCUACUCGGUGAAGAACGACAAGAACAAACCAGACCUAAAGAUGGAUAGUGGGGUUCAUUAGACUGAAAAGUUUGGGACUGAGGCUCAGGCUGCAAAUCAAAAGACUGAGGGUUUUUGUUGAUAUGCAAAAGCUUUCUUUGUAAUUUUUUUCCCCAGAGAGUUUGUCUCUUUUAUUUUUCAUAAUCUUGCUGAUUUGUUUGAAAACCAUCUCUUACAAAACAAAUUUCCUCAGCAAAAUUAUUUUAAAUAAAUAUCACUAAUAUUGUUGCUUAA